GCUUCCUGGCGUACACCGAUCGCAAGCACAGUCUUUGUGAGUUCAUCCAUCGACCGCGGGCGGGGCGCUCGGGACAACUCGUCUUUCACUUCGGGGUCCAAACCCGCUUCAAACAACAUUUGUACUGGUUCAGAGUCCAGAUCCCACCCGAGUUUGUGGACUAACAUCGCAAAACGCGACCAGUAGUUUCUGACGGACAGGCUCCCCUGCUUGCACCCCAUCAGCUCCCUCCGUGUCACACUUUGCUCCACCUCGCUGGAGAACAUCGCGUCCAUUGCCUGGUAGAAUUUCUUAAGAUCUUUCAAUGCAUCAUUCUGCGUCGCCAUUAGGGGCCUGAUCCAUUCGCGCGCCCCAUCCUGCAGAUGUCCAACAAUGUAAGCCACCCUCUCCCCGUCAUCCGCAAAGUCAUUUUUCUGCAAUUCCAAAGCGUGUUGAAUUUCCGUUCGGAAGGCAUUGUAGUCUUGGGGCUUUCCACCAAACUUGUGUACCAGCCCCGGGACCUUCCUCCCUAUCAGGGUGGCUCUGACCUGUGCAUCCUGAGCCCGUCUCUCCUCCAGCCGCGCAGACAGGGUAGCGACAUGCGCCUCCAGGUCUCGGUUCCUCUCGACCAGACCUCGCACCAUGGCUUCUUGCUCUGUCUCUCCGGUCGGCCCUGUUUGGCUCAUCGUGCUGCCUCUCCGGGGCUGCGCACAAGCAACGUCAGGGACUGACGGAUUGCUGUAAUGAUUCUAGGGGUUGCUCAUGUGUAAGCCGGUGCAAACACCUGGCUGGGUUGCCUGAGUGAACCUUUUCUGUCCGGACAGCCACUCACCCGUGGCUGUCUCAAUCGCUGGCAGAAUCCGUCAGUGGGUUUUCUUAAACUUCAUCCAGCAAAGAAGCUCUUUGACACCUAGUCUCCUCCUACUCUCUCUGCGCGAAAGCCUUCUGCACAAGGAGGGCGUAGGCAGCGGAGGACCCCUACUCUCCCCGCUGGUCCCCGGCAAGGAGUCAUGGGACCGCCUCGCCGCUUCCCCCAUCUGCCCCCCUUCUCCACUGGUGCUACGCUGAUUCUCUUCCCCAGAAGAUGGGCUGCCUCUCCCAAUCCCUGGACGCUCUCUAGAAUCCCUCUGGAUUUUGCUCUCUCCCUCCGGCACUGAUGGCAGUUCCCUGACAUUCACCAACAGGCAUUCACGAGCUGAUAAACCAAAAGCUUUUUUUCUUAAUUGAAUACUAAUUUUAGACUCUGGCAAAAGUUCAUUUUCCUAUCCAUCUGUCUUGAAAUGUUUUCCAUUAAUUAAUUAUCACUUGCUGUGGUUUCCUCAUGAGCUGUCUCACGGUGUGAUGUCAUCACCUGAUCCAGUAGUGUUUGUGUUUAUCCUGCUUGCCUUGCCAGUAUGUGUAUAUAUAUAUGGGGUAAUCUUCCAGCAUGAGGAAAAAAUAUCAUGGCAGUGAUCAACGUUGAAUCAACAAUAAAACUACAUUCAUAAAGCAAGCACAGAAUUCAUUACAAAUCGAUAGAUUAGCUUCAUACAUCAGCAUAGAUAGACCUACCUCAGGGAAAGCCUAGGUGAACAGGUGAAAUAGGGUGCCUAAAUGCUAAUACUGCCUGACGUUCAUAGGGAACGCAUUCAUUGGGAGUGUGCUUGUUAAUGCCCUGUUGUUAUUUACCAGUUGAAGGCCAGUGAAAUGUCAUGGCUAGAUGCUGGUAGAAGAGGACUUCCCUUACCACUGCCAUUUCCCUGUUCAGCAUUCACACUCCGGAACUGAAAUGUGAUUUACAUUUGUGCUCCCAGAGUUUAGUUUAUCCAACCUAGGACCUGACUUCUUUCCCUCCCCAAGCUGGCCAUCUGCACUCUGUCGACGCAAAACUUUUAACUGGCUAAAUAAAUAGAUGAUUAAGGAACCCUACAACUGUGGACUCAGCUACACUAGUCAAAUACAUCGUUAUAACUGUGUUAUAAACAUGUGGCACCAGACAGCCCUGUAGAGCAGUAAUCAGUCGCCAGUGGGAUUUUCCAUAAAGAGCUCUUACAACCUUUCUUUCUGUAGCGUUUCUUUUAUCUGUACAGAUCCAGCCUCUGUUGGUGAGAACCACAACUACAAAUUUCGCUUCAUAACAGAAGAACUCUGAAUUGUUUCUUUUGUGCUUUAGAUUUAUCUGAACUUGACAGAUAUGAUGCAGCUACCCUGGACUUCUGCACUGUCUAGUAUUGUCCUGGUGGAGAUCCCACUGAGCCCUGGCACCUUGGGAUAGAAGACGGUACACUGAUAACAAAUACAGUGAUUCCUCUCCAUCCAUCCCAGGGAGAUGGUGCCUCAGCUUCAAAAACUCAAAGACAGUCACUGCCCUUUCUCUGGCCUUGGUGCUUUGUUCCUUGGUGCUUGGAAAGGGCCCCCUUUGCUCCUUCUGCAGCGGAUGGCAUCCUAGUAGCAGACUGACUCAUUCAUAGGCCAGAAGGGAUUUGUGGCACAGGCAACAUCCUUCUUGUUCUUUGGCUGUCCUUUCUCUGUCAAUGUCAUUGAUGCCUGGAACUGAAUACCUUUGGUGGUGGACUCUUAAGACAGAGACUACACUCAUGCAGUCGUGGCCAUAUUUCUUUGUUAUUUUUAUUAACCCCCCCCCCUUUUUUUUGGCCUGAGCCUUUGGUGUAAGGAUGAGACCUAAGUCCCAAUAAUUUUUGUGCCACUGUGUAUCCUGGUCUGGUUGCCAAAACCAUUUCGUGUAAAAGCAGGACAUCUUUUUGGGGAGGGAAAAAACCCCCUGAGAGGAGGACAUUGAAGAAUAGUUCACUUACCACAUUGUAUUCUUAUGGGCUAUGUGUGAGUGUGUUUGUCUUUAAAGAAGGCUCUGGGAAUAGAAGGCUUCUGCUGGCUUUAAAAAAUGUUUCCCAGCCAAAGCAAUGAUCUGCCAGACAGUUCUCCUACACAAAGGAGAAACGGAAUUGCAACAUUUAUUAUUAACUUUGCUGCCUGAUGCUUCAGGGCUGGAAUGUAAAGCGUUGCAGAGAGCCUCAAAAAACAAAACAAACGAAAAAGGAUUCCACUCUGGUCAGGCUGUUAGCAGCUUAGUCCCCUUACUCGUAGCAAGAUUGCUCCCCUGGUGCUAAUGUAAGUGAGUAGAGUUCUUCUGAGCAUGUAUGCAGCAUGCUGGUAUGUUUCCAAGACUGAACUUUGGAAGUGGAGAUGCACUGGCUAAUUAAGCGAUUUGGUUAGGAAGGUGGCUGCUGUAUGCGGGCAGUUUCACUUACCAAGAUACUGACUGCCGGGCACUUCUGCACAACCUCAUUGCACUGAAUGGGAUCCUCAUUCACUUCUGUGGGUCAUAGUUAUGCCAGAGAUGUUUCCAUGAGCUGUGGCCUAGUCUACUGCUUGUGUGGGUUAACUGGAUGUUUCAAAUGUGUGCCUGGAUUCAUGUGUGCAGCCAGCAUUCAUGUAUUUACAUGCACGCACUGCUGAAAGGUUUAGGAUCUUUUGCUGGAGUUACAACAUGUGUUUGUUACAUAAAUACUGUACAUGAGUUCCGGCUGCAUACAUGUGAGAGCAAGUAUACACUUGUAACAUGGAUAUUGCUGGCCCUUUAAGGACAACUUCACAUCAAUGUUGUUUGUGUAUAUGUAUUUUUAGAACUGAUGUGUAAGUGUUGCUAAGUAUUUUAAAAUGUUUUCAUGUGGCACUGGCCUACUUGGUUCAGAUAUGCGUUUUAUUGUUGCUUGCCCUAGGAUCGAUAGGAUGAAAGGUUCAUUUAUAACUGUAAGUGAGGAAAUAAAUCAAUAAGGUAUAUACACACAGGAUAAACUUGUGUGUCUAUUUUGCCAUUUAUACCCCUUUUUUAACACAGAGAAGAAAGCUGUGUAAGAAAACAGUGAAGUAUGAAGCUGUAGGCAGCAGUUUUUGGUAUAUCAAGGGUGGGGUUGCCUUGUACUAGAAUCUGCAAUUUGGCUGACCAGCUCUACAGUAUCCCACAAUUCUUAGUAGCCUUGUAGGAUGAACCACUGCAGAGGCCUCUGGGUAUCAUAAUUUAGAAGCUUUGGCAAAGGCUGUGGCCUAUCCAGUGUAAAUCUAUCUGUCCCCAAAGCAUGACCCACAGGGCCAACUGGGAGGGCCUGAUCUAAGUCAGUUCUCACAGAGGACCUGAACAUUCUUGAACAUAAAUGAUUACUUUAGGAUUACUUGGGGCCUGGCAUGGAGAGUAUGGUUCCAAUAAUUCUUCCAAACAUGCACAGAUGGAUUAAGGGCUUUUGCAGAGUCUGAAGUCUGCACAGAUUAAGUUGUAUACACGUGUGAGGAAAGGCUGAUCUACACUGUUCAGAUUGCUGCCAUUACAAAGCCUUCAAGGCACUGGAGUGUCCUGACAAUGUUAUUGGUAUGCACUAGUACUUAGGGCUGAGAAAUAUGUACCUAUAAGCGCAAGGGGGUGGUUUCUAUCUAAAACUAUUCAGAUUUCACCUAGAAGUCCAGAUAAAUAAUCCAACAUGUCUCAACUCAUUCUGAAUGGAAAAGAAGUUUGCUCACUCCUAGUUUGCCAUUUGAUCACAUUUAUGCAAAUAGCUGGUGAGUACACCUUGGCUGGAGAACCAGGAGACUUGAGGUCAAACUGGAUGAGAUGUUAAUCACACAGUGAUUGUGUGAUUAGCUUUUGAAUAAAUUACAGGUGCAGGAACAGGAGCUAAUUUGGAUUGGGACCCUGGCAGGGGAGGUUUAACCCUUGAAGCACACCCCUGCCUCAUUGUCCCAUUAUGGAUGAGGCCAUUCGUGUCUUCAGUUUACUUUUUAAAAAGUAAUUGUUAAUUGCAUGGUAUUGAUGUCUCAUCUGGCUUGGGCCUCAGGUAUUUAAGGUUCUUUUAGUGGGAAUUCUGCUGUUAGGAUUCAGAAGAUACGAGCAUAGGAAGUUGCUCUGUAUGGAGUCGGGCAGUUGAUCAUCUAGCUCAGCAAUAUUUACACUGACUGUCCAAGGCUGUUCAAGGCUUCAGACUGGAUACAUUAUCCGUUCUACCUGGGGGUGCCUGAGACUGAACCUGUGUGCAAAGCAGAAGAUCUACCACUGAGCUACAAUGAUGAAGAUGUUGAUGAUGAUGAUGAUGAAUAAUAAUAAUAAUAAUAACAAUAAUAAUAAUAAUAAUAAUAAUAUCCCUCCCAUCUGACUGUGUUGCCCCAGCCACACUGACCGACUUCCAACAUAAUAAAAACACUUCCAAGGAAAUACAAUAAAUGAACAGAAAGAGAAUAAAAAUCCCACAUAUAUACCAAGUGUUACCACACCACCCGAGCUUCCCCCUUCUUCUUCUUCCCCAAUUUCAUUCUGUAUACAACAUUAACGACUCACUUCAAAUGUAAAAAAAGAUUCUAUAACCUGAAAAAAGACAAGGCACGUACUUUUGUAAAUCCAAAGUUUAAUAAAAAUUGUUUGUUUGGAAAAAAAACAGCAAAACAUCAAACAUAAAAAACUUCCUGAUACAAGACUGCUUUCAAAGGUCUUUGGAAAGUUGUGUAGUUGUUUAUCUGUUUGACAUCUGAUGGGAAGGUGUUUCACAGGGCAGGUGCCACUACCAAAAAUGCCCUUCCCUAGGAUAAAUAUAUUUCUGAAUGCAACUAGGUUGUGGGGUGUAAAUAAAUGUAGUGGAUUGUAAGCCUGUGGGCAAGAACUGUUGUGAAUUAUUAUAAAGCUUGUAAAGUGCUCAGCACUAGUUAAAGGGUCUGGAAAUAACAAAUGGUGGCGGCGGUGGAAGGCAUGGCUAGAACAAGGAGCUUGUUGAGAGCAGUUCCUUUUUUCAUUUUGCUUUUGCUUUGUACACUUCUAUGGUGCUGCAUUCAUUUGUGCCUCAGAACCAGCCUGUCCCAACAAAAGCAGAUGCAAACUCAGCAUACGUUUCUCCUCCAUACUCCCUUGCCACCUUUCCUACGUUUACUUGUCAAAAGCAGUUGUUGUGUGCGCCAUCCCCAUCUGUAGCCCUGCAGGUGCUAUUUAGCUUAGCAAUACGAAUCUUUGUCUUUUAUAUGCCUCCUGCAUCCUGUGCACCAAGAGCCAGAGAGGCGCCACAGACUGUCCUGGAUUGCUCCAGACAGUGGAAAGUCUUGGAAAGUGGGCCAAAGCAGUGGCCUUGUUGCGGGGAGGGGAGGGAAAACAGGAGAGGAAGUGAGGGUCACAGCAGGGAAGAUGGGAAGCUCACUCUUGCAUUUGUGCACCUACUAAGUAUGUAUGUCAUUGCAGGCAAAGGUUGAAAAAUGGUCUCCUGGAUAAAUGCAGCAUGUCACCUUGGUGCCUCUUUCUUUACAGGUCUAGUGAGUCCCCUGGAAGUGUUCAUGAACACAAGGAGUGUUGAAGUUGCUCGGGGCCAGACGGCGGUCCUGCCCUGUACUUUUACCACCAGUGCUGCGCUUAAUAACCUUAACGUCAUUUGGAUGGUCACGCCACUCUCCAAUGCCAACCAACCUGAACAGGUACCAAACUCUUGGUGGAAACACAGAACUAGUUGGCCAAACCCACCUCCCCAACAAUAGGCUCAUAGGAUGGCUUAUAAAUCAAUGCAAAUAACAGAAGACUUGCCCUUCAGUUUACAAUCUAGGGCUGCGUCGGUUGUGCUGGUUCCCCCCAAUUACGUUCUGAAAAUGUGGGAAGCAGCCAGACUAUAGCCACAAAUGACCUUUUUUGGCUGUAACGUGUGAAUGGACAGGCAUGAAUCUUACAAGUGUGUCUGAUGAAGCUCUGGGGAGUUUCUGUAGCAUAUGUUUCUGAGACCCACACACUGACUGUUGGUGUUUCGGAUAUCUUCUCUGUGUUCAGCCACAUCCAGCAUGGCCAAUGGUCAGAGGUAAUGGGAGUUGGAGUCCAGGAAAUUCUGGAAACUACAGCAUUGGCUACCCAUACCCUAGGGUGUAGGAGUGCAGCAGACAGAGGAACUUCCGUAUGAGGAACUUCUGAUUUGAGCCUUGUGGUUCCAAACAGGCCACUGGGUGUUGCUAAGAAGUAAGAGCAUGAGCAGUGACUUAUAACUCACUUGAUGAUAAUCACAUAUAGUACAGGAAUGAUUGGUGAAAGGGCCUAAAUCUGGAGAAAGGCAUGCAGAGGGUUGGUGGUGGAAUAAUUUAGUUACUGCAUUUUUUUUUUAUGCAUUUAUUUGCUUUUCAUUCUAUUUCAUGUUUAUUCAUUUUCCUUAUUCCUAUUUGCUUUUGAUGGGACGCCCAGCUAAUUUUCUACAUCCUUUAACUUUGAUACUUUCCAAUAACAGCCUACAGUCUACUGGUAGGAAAUAAAAUGAAAUUCAAAUGAAAAUCUAGUUUUUUCUCAUUUCUUUACAUUGAAUUCUGCUGGAACAGCCUAUACAGGUCAUAUAGAAAGGUUUCUGGGGGAGGGGGAGGAGCGAGGGAACAGUUAGGCUAUGCCUAUGCAUCUUUUUUUAUUACAUCAGACUUGUCAGAUUUCAGAUAGGUGGGACAACGGGUCCCUAUUUUAUAGACAAUUUGUUUCAUUUUGAUUCAUUUUUUAAAAUGAAUGCAAACUCAGGCUUAUGCUCGUUAUUGGAAUACAUUGUCAUAGUGAAUCAUCAUCAUCAUUAUUAUUGAAUUUAUAUACCGCCCUAUACCCAGAGGUCUCAGGACGCUUCACAGAAUAAAAUCAAAAUAUAAAACUACAAAAUACAUAAUCAAAAUAGCAACAACAACAAAAUAAGCCCCCCCAAAAAACCCCUCACAUUUUAAAAAGGCAUAGGAUGUCAAUCAAAUCAACCAAAGAUGGUGCCUAAAGGUGUAUAAUGAAGGCGCCAAACUUCCCUGGGGAGAGCAUUCCGCAGAGGGAGAGCCACUGCAGUGAAGACCCGUUCUCGUGUUGCCACCCCCCAGACCUCUCGAGGAGGAGGCACACGAAGAAGGGCCUCAGAAGAUGAUCUCAAAGUCCGGGUAGGUUCAUAUGGAAAGAGGCAGUCCUUGAAGUAUUGUGGUCCUGAGCUGUUUAAGGCUUUAUAGGUCAAAACUAGCACUUGGAUUUGGGCCAGGAACCUAAUUGGUAGCCAGUGCAGUCGGACCAGGAUCAGUAUAAUAUACUCAAACCGUCUUGCUCCAGUGAGCAACAUGGCUGCUGAAUUCUGCACUAGCUGAGGUUUCCAAACUGUCUUCAGAGGCAGCCCUAUGCAUAACACAUUGCAGUAAUCUAACCUUGAGGUUACCAGAGUAUAGACAACAGUAGUUAGGCUAUCCCUGUCCAGAUAGGGACGUAGCUGGGCCACCAGCCAAAGCUGGUGGAAUGCUCUCUGGGCCACUGAGGCCACCUGAGCCUCAAGUAUCCUGGAGUGCCCCCAAGCUACAAAUCUGCUCCUUCAGAGGAAGUGUAACCCUAUUAAGAGCAGGCGUUUUCCCACCCAUCUGGUCCAGAUAACCACCCACUAGCAGUGCCUCAGUCUUACCUGGAUUGAGUUUCAGUUUGUUGGCUCUCAUCCAGUGUAUUACUGAGGCAAGACGCUGGUCCAGCACUUCCACUGCCUCAGCUGCGGAUGUAAAGGAGAAAUAGAGCUGAGUGUCAUCAGCAUACUGCUGACACCAUACUCCAAACCUCCAGAUAACCCCACCCAGCGGUUUCCUGUAGAUGUUGAACAACGUGGGGGAUAGGAUUGAGCCCUGCGGAACCCCACAUUGAAGGUUCCACAGGCCUGAAAAGCAUUCCCCAAGCAACACCCUCAAGGAAUGACCAUCCAAGUAGGACUGGAACCACCCCAAAGUGGUGCCACCCACCCCUAGUUUGGCAGCUGCUUCAGAAGGAUACAAUGGUUGAUGAUAUCGAAAGCUGCUGAGAGGUCAAGAAGAAUUAACGGGGAGACAUUUCCCUUCUCUCUCUUUCAACAGAGGUCAUACAGGGCGACCAAAGCAAUCAAUACGUAUACAUUUGAAUUGAAAUACACACACACACACACACACACACACACACACACACAUACACGUUGGUAAAUACUGCUGCUUUUUCUUGUGUUGAUUUACCAAAACGUAAAAUAACACAUGCAAAACAGUAAAACAGCACACAAAAAUGAAUCUUGAUGCAAAUGCAUAAAAGCCGCUUUAUUUUCCCCUAAUGCAUUCUGCACAUUGUUUUUAUGUGUGGGUGGGUGAAUGUGAAAGAACAGACCAUGUUCAAUACUCAGUACAAAAUUUGCAAAUAUAAAAUAGUAACAGGGAAGGGUUCCUAAUGCAUCGGUUCCACUCUGGAAAUGAGACCAUGUAUUCCAGAACUCCAAAAUGCAGAGGAGGGAGAUAUGCAAACUCCCUCCCUGCUUAUAAGCCUUUUUUGUGUCCUCCUUCUAAAUAGAAAGACAUAUAAAAUUGACUAGGCUUGACUCUUCCCUUUAGGGGAACAUUUCAUUGUAGUUUCCCCUAUAUCUUUUAAAUCUAUUGUGCAAAUACUUCUCCAUGGUAGCAAAAGUAGAAGCAGUGCGUAGUAAGUACCCAAGAGCUCCAUAUGGCUUAUCUUACCCUCAGAACACAAUUGUUGUAUUUUAAUUGCACUAAAACCACAGGACACUGAAGCCUCUGUAUAAUGAGUGAACAAGUCCUCUUUUAACCAUUGCUUUGUUAAGGAGAAGUGUCAUAUCUUUGUUUUUCAGGUUAUUAUUUACCAGGGGGGUCAGAUUUUUGAUGGUGCACCCCAGUUUUAUGGGCGAGUGGGGUUUGCAAUGACGAUGCCAACCACCAGUGCCUCCAUCUUCAUCAACAACACCCAGCUGUCAGACACUGGGACUUACCAGUGUUUGGUCAACAAUCUACCAGACCGAGGUGGCCGGAAUAUUGGAGUCAUUGGGCUCAACGUCUUGGGUAUGUGCUUUGCUCUAGUCCAGACCACUGAUAACCAUGAAAAGCCUGAAACAGGAGGCUGGUUUUCCUCGAAAUUUGAAGUAGCUAGUCUGCCACAUAAUGGCACAGGUGGGACAAAAUGUUGGGCUCUGUGAGUUCAAAACUACUUUCAGAUGGUGGAAUAUUAGACCUUCAGGGGUGUAAGCCUAAAAAUGAAACAAGGGAGCUUGCCCUCUCGUUCACAUACUGUAACAAGUAUCAGAAAGCGCUGGAUGUAUUCUUGCAGAGGAGAAUUUCACCUCAAGUGGCUUUUCCCAUUGUAGUACAUGGUGACAGGAGAAGGUGCACCUGGCAAACGUUUCUAUUUUGGGUCUUUGUGACCUUUAGGGAAAGAAGCCUAAUUAGCAUGGGGACAAAGCAAACCAUGGCUCUCUAGAUCUAAGCUUCUGCUCCUGCCAUCACUUAACAGGGGUCUACUGUGAGUGACAUGCUCAAAGAUCCAAACCAGAGGGUGGAGGCAGGAGCACUGUCCAAAACAAGUGAGGUUGAAUUCCAGGGAAGGCAGAUCAGGGUCUGUGGUGUUAAGAGGCAGGCCAUAAAUAAAGUUAGACAGGGGCCGUGGUUCAAGACAGCAAUGAGGAGAAAGAGGAGAAGGAGUUGGUCAGAGACCUCACAUUUCAGACAAGUGGCACAGACUGAGAAGUGGGCUCCGAGCGUAAGAUUUUAAAGGGCCUGGUGUGCUCAGAUGGGUCCUUGGGUCUGCUGACUGGUGAUUCAUACUACAUGGAACUCUUGGAGGCCAAUUUACCAGGCUGUAAACCCAAUGAAGUAGAGUAGGGCCUUUCAGUCCAUGGGCUGGAUUGAUAUCUGGCCAACCAGGAAGAGUCAAGUGAGUGGGGCUAAAAUGUUCCUGGGGCCUUAGGGAUUUUUAUUUUAUUUAUUGUUUUGCCUCAGUCAACUUUUACUUUCCUCACAUAAACAGACAAUUUAAACCAGUCUCUGGCCCAAGCCACUGUUCCACCCUGUCUGAAAUCUGCUACCAUUAUACCCUUGCCAAAAACAUCAAAGAUAGACAGUCUGAAUGAUUUUCGCCCUGUGGCGCUGACACCCAUUAUAAUGAAAUUUUUCGAAAAACUGGUGAGGAAGCGCAUCUUAUCUUGUCUGCCAGUGGGACUUGACCCUUACCAGUUUGCGUACAAGGCAAAGAGAUCCACAGAGGAUGCUGUGGCAAUGGCUUUACAUGCUGUCCUGACUCAUUUGGAGAAGCAAGGGAACUACGCGAGACUGUUAUUUGUAGACUUUAGUUCUGCAUUUAAUAAUAUUCUUCCGCAUAGAUUGGUGCCCAAAUUAUUAGACCUGGGACUUCCAUCAUGUUUGUGCAGGUGGAUAUUAGACUUUCUAUCAAACCGUUCCCAAAGGGUCAGGUUGGGUUCCCACGUCUCUGCGGAUCUCAUCACGAAUACGGGGACGCCUCAGGGGUGCGUGUUGAGCCCGCUUUUAUACACGCUCUAUACAGCUGACUGUGCCCCCAAAUACCCCACUAAUAAGAUCAUUAAGUUUGCAGAUGAUACAACGGUGGUUGGUUUAAUUACGGCUGGAGGGGGGAGACAGCCUAUAGGAAGGAAGUUAAGCAGUUGGGGGAGUGGUGCAGGAAAAACAACUUACUGCUUAACUUAAAGAAAACAAAAGAGAUCAUUGUGGACUUUAGGAAAUGUAAAUUGAAUAUUCAGCCACUUAUUAUUGAGGGGAAGUGCGUAGAACAGGUCUCAGUUUUUCGAUUUCUGGGAAUGGAGUUGAGAGACGACCUAACCUGGGGAGAGAACAGCAAAGACCUGGUGAAGAGAGCACAGCAGAGGUUAUAUUUUCUGAGAAUCCUCCGGAAAAACAAUCUCUCAAAGGACCUGUUGAUGGCAUUCUACCAUUGCACUGUAGAGAGCGUACUUACGGUCUGUGCGUGUGGUUUGGGAGCUGCACGGCCAGGGAAAAAACAAUGCUAUCCAGGGUUGUAAAGACUGCAGAGAGAAUUAUUGGGUGCACUCUUCCCACCUUAGAUCAAAUCUAUGCUGCCAGGUGCCAUAAGAAAGCGGCAAAGAUAGCACAUGAUAGUACGCACCCUGGAAAUGAUCUCUUUCAGCUUCUGCCUUCUGGAAGAAGGUAUAGGGUUAUAAAGGCCAGGACUAGCCGCCUGAAAAACGGUUUCUACGCUAAUGCAAUUCUGGUUCUAAACGCAGCAUAAGGGGUUUCUGUAGUAUAGUGUGUUUUAAAAUGGGGUUUUAGAGUUUUUAGGGGUUUUUGAAUGUUUUAUGUAGUUUUGUAGUAGUUUUAUGUAGUUUUGUAGUAGUUUUAUGUAGUUUUGUGGUAGUUUUAUGUAGUUUUUAUGUAGUUUUAUGUAGUUUUCAAUUUCAUUGUUCCGCAAGGGACAAUGACAAUAAAGAUAUUGUGUCGUAUCGUAUCGUAUCGUAUCGUAUCGUAAAUUUAUUAGGGUGGGGUACUCCCUUCAUUUCCAAUUAAAGGGGGAAUUCAGUGCCAUUGAUAGAGGAGAAAGAAAGUAAUUUGAUUUAUGGUGUAUACUUCAUAAAUGUAAAAUAAUAUGAGGUGGUAGAUUUUAUGUCUUUUUCAGAUUAUUAUUUUUUUAAAAACUUCCUUAAAGGUAAGCUAGCAGCCUUCAGACCACUACCUUGUGUUACUGUAUUACUUUAGGUCCCAACCUACAGAAAGGAUUUCUCUUCUUAAUCCUUUCAAAAACAGCAUCCUGGAAUCCACCAAACAUUCAGAUCAGUUCUACUAUUUAUCGACUUUCUCCCCAGUAUUUUGAAGUGUUUAUGAUAUUAUUAUUAUUAUUAUUAUUAUUAUUAUUAUUAUUACUACUACUACUACUACUACUACUACUACUAAACAUCACAGGAGGAGAGGCUCACUGACCAUUUCCACAAAAUUCCUUAGUGUAUGCAGUUGAGCAAAACAUGCUCAUUCCAGUUUAAGUACUGACAGCUGUUGUAGUACUUGCUGUGUUAAAUACAAGUGGGAGAAAUGAGGGAAUGCAUGUCUCUGGUUCACUUUUAUCAUGUCCCUAAUAUUUAAUUGAAAAAAUUACUUGGUGUUUCCAACGUUAUCGUAUCUUAUUUUUCCCAACAGUUGUGUUCUCUUUUUGCAAAAGGAAUAACGUGAAACCUCCCAUCUUCAUUCUGCUACCAGAAUUGGCUUAAAGCAAAAAGUUUUAAUGAUAUCUUUAUUGUAUAAGCUGGUGGGGAGCUGCAGAUGUUGUUCUUCCCCGUAGAGGACACUAAUCGAAAAUGGCCACAAUUAAGUCAGCAGUUAUGACUGAGCUGGCUCACUAGCUACAAAAGCCUUAGCAGGUGACCUCGCCUGUUGCUUCCCCUAUUAGUCUUAAGCCAUCUGUAUCUUUUGUUUUCUCAGCCUGUCUUUUUGUUCUCUCUCUUUUUUAAAAAAUCAAAUCAAAUCUACCCAUACUCCAUUUUUCCAAUCCUUAAGUUUAUUUCUCCACAUUUCUCUAUCAGUUUGAACUUCCCUCCAAAUAAAGUCCCCAUGAAAAUUAACAUUUGUGUCCAAAUUCACCCUACCAUAAACAUUUUUAUGCACUUUUGUAUAAUAUACCCAUUUUUGCAAUUUCCCCUAAUACAGUUGAUUUUUGUAUGUGAUUUACCCUAAAAUAUGCUUGUAUAUGCACUCUUUGUUUUUGUACACAUUACUGGGCUGGGGAACCACAUUACAAAAUUCAUAGAGUUGCAAAUUUUGAAGGAUAUUUUUUUUUGAAUUGAAUUUCUCUUCCACCCCUCCUCCUCCAGGGCCUAGAGUCCUUACUGGUCACACUUUUCUGUUGAACGCAGCUCCUGACCUAACUGUUGCUUUGCAAUCUUUUCUCCCUGCAGUUCCUCCAUCUGCCCCAGUCUGCAGAAUUCAGGGCUCUUUGAACAUUGGCAGUGACAUCACGCUGACGUGCAGUUCAGAAGAAGGCAUCCCUCGGCCAACCUAUUACUGGGAAAGACUGGACAGUGCCCCCAAGCUGCCCCCGACAGCCACACAAGGUGAUCAUUGCAUCCCCCCCCUCCCCCCUGCCCUACAACUGCGUUUUCCAAGAGAGUUGGUCUAAUUUUCCCUUUGCUUGUUCUGCUGGCACUAAGGUCACAACUUUAUGUGGUCUAUCCCAAACUGCUGAUGGACUACCUGGGUUUCAGGGCAGGAAACACCAGAUCCAAGAAGGUCACAGCGGGGAGGGGAGUGAUAAUGUUGCUGUGAUAAGUGCAGAAACUCACUAAAAAUAAGGAAUAGGGAGAAAAUACUCUGUCCAAAAUAACGAAAGCAACUGAGCCUUUAGAGUACUGGGUGCCCUCUAGUGGAAAUUCUAAUCACAGUAUUAAAAAAGCACACAUACCUUAGAGCAGGGGUGGUCACCUUUUCUGCCCAACAUGCCAUAAAUCCACUCCAGAGCAUGAGGCAGUGCCACUGUAGGGUACACCAGUCUGCACAGCUCCCGUUAUUGUUGUGCAGUCUUGUCUCUAGCCUGUUGAGCCUGGGAGUGCAGUGCAGAAGAGGCAGGCCUGAGUGCAGGUCUGAUGCUGUGCCAUAAUAGUUGGCUUGCAGAACUGUGCUGCAGCUCAACCACCCUUACUUUAGAGAUGCAUGCUUCAUGUCUAUUAGGGAUUUGAAUUAGCGAGCCAGCCCAAUAUUCACCUCUUGCAUUCCUGCUGAUUGUUCCACUCCAGUCUGUGAGUGAAGGCUAGUUCACAGAUGCUUAAAAAAAAAGUGGUUUGCAAAGUGUGUGGAGUGAAUAUGAGCAUGUGGGUGAAGCAGCCAUGGGAUCAUGCACAAACAACCAUGUAUUGAUUGUGCACUUUGGUGGUGUGCUGAAAUAUUAUCUUAUAUUGAAAAAAUCAUAUAGUAAAGCAAUCAUUUAAUUGGUAUAUUGUGUUCCCCCAAUGCCACCUGCAUUACUGUUUGCCAACUCAUUAUAUCCUAGGGUUAUAUCCUAGGGCUGUGCUGAAUGCUCACAGGUAAAUACUUUCGUUGCAAAAGGGGCGCAUUCAUGAGCCUCCAGAUAUAUUUCCUCAAAUACCGUAUUUUUCGCCCUAUAGGAUGCACUUUUUUCCCCUCCAAAAAUGAAGGGGAAAUGUGUGUGUGUCCUAUGGGGCGAAUGCAGGCUUCACCGACCCCUCUCGCUCUCCAGGCUUCAGGAAGCUCUGCGCAACCCUCGGGAGACCGGCGCAACUUCGAGGACUGCGCAGAGCUGCCUGCAGUCCCGGGCUUCGCACAGCUCUCCGCAAGCCUGGGGAGACCGGGGUGACUUCCCGCCGGGCUCCCUAGGCUUGCGGAUAGCAGGCUGUUCUUGGGGCUGGGGUUGGGGGAAGCUCGGGCUUCCCCCGCGCCAGGCCCGCGCCUGGGGGGGAAAUAAUUUUUUUUUCUUUAUUUCCCCCCCCAAAAAACUAGGUGCGUCCUAUGGGGCGAAAAAUACGGUAUUUAGCUGUGCUCAUGCCUGUUUUCUGCUGUUCACUGCCUGUGUCAAUAGGUCCUGGUGUAGAUUUUAUUUCUUUUUGGGAAUAGUUAUCCCAGACAAUCAGGCUUCAUGUAGCUAUGGUGAUAAUAUCAGAAGAACAUGGGGUCACAAGAUGUUAUCACAAAGCCAAUUCAAAGUGAGGGCAGUGUGUUUCCUUCCAUCACUCAGAGUGAGUAAGAACUUUCAUCCUUUUUGUGCAAACACACUCUGAAAAAAUGUCAAAAGGAGUGGUGGGGGGGGUAAAAGUGGCCACAAUCACACAUACACAGCCCCUUUUAGCUGAUAUGUUUCAUACUAUUUUGUUACAUUGCUUUCAUGUUUUUAAUUGAUUUAUGUAAUGUUUCACUGAUCCAGCUCACACAUAACACUAAACUACUAAAGCAUGGUGUAAUGUUAUAAGGGUGAAUCACAGUGAGCCUCAGGAUUCCACACAACCCUUACCUCUUCUCUUCUAGUAUGGUCAUAAACUUCCACUUCCAUUUCAGAUUAGCCACAGCUCAAUUGUUUCAUCAGAACCCUGAACUGCAGUUAAUUUUAAGUAUGGUUUACAGAAACAAGCCAACUUCUUAAACUAUGAUUUGAAGCUGGUUUGUUUCUAGAAACCAUAUUUAAAAUUAACCACAGUUUGUUUGUUUGUUUGUUUGUUUGUUUCAUUUAGAUAAUAUGGCAAGCUGUAGCUAAUCUAAAGCAGAAGCAAAAGUUUUUGAACUCCUUGUGUUCACAUCAGAAGGGAGGGCUGAGUGUGCAAGCCUGAGACUCACCUAGGAUCAUUGUACUGUACUAUGUUCUAGCACUACACCCAAAUCAGCCCACUGUUUUACACUUUGUUUGGACCUCAAAAUCAGAUAUGGCUCUUGAUUAAGCAUCUGAAAAUGUUUUUUUCAUUCUGGAAUGAUAAAAAGCUGAGUAGUUGACAACUGCAUUUGAGUUCCUUGUAAGAACAAGUGUUAGCUUGUGGAUGGCCCUUGCCAGUUAUCUUGCCUUAUUCUCUUAUCCUCAGCUUUCACAUACAUAAAAAAAUAAUCUUUAAGAAGAAAAUGUCCACUGUAAGCUCCUUAAACCUUAAUCUUGUCUGUUUCUGAUGCUUUCAUCUAAAGGUUAUUUUCUAAUUUAUCUCUUAAGAGUCUUGCAUUGAAUUUACGAUUUACUGGAUUUGCCUUUUCAAGGCUGCAUUGAAAUGGCUGUCUUUCUCUCCACCCCCCACAUACCACGUCUCUAAUUUAAUUUAUGUUUUUUCCUUCCUUCCCAUCUAGACCAAGUUCAGGGUACAGUCAUUCUGCGCAAUAUUAGCACUGUGUCAUCAGGACGUUACCAGUGUGUGGCUUCUAAUGUCAUCGGAAGCAGCACUUGUUCUCUUGAGGUUCAAGUGAUUACACGUAAGUCAGUUUUAAUGAGGGACUUGUCUUGCACAAGUCAGCCUCAUGUCUCAUUGCCUGUCAGAGGUUAAGUCACAUGUUGGAUGCAAGCAGGGUGUUCUUCUUACAGGAGCAGUAUGUUGCCCCUCCCAACUUCCUCCCCAUGCAUUACACAGACAUGGAGAAAGCAAAAGAAUGAGUGUCUUACUUCUGUUUUCCCAGUCUCUGUGGUAAUGUGAGAAAUGAGCAGUCCUCAGUCUUGUUUGUAGUAAGAUUUGGAAGCCUCUCCCCAGGCUCACUUGCCGCAUCAUGAAUGAGAUCCUUGAACCCCAUUUUUUAUGUUGAAGCAGGUAGCGGGAAAGCAGAAGCACAUCUUCUAGUAAUGCAUGAAACUUCGCUGCAUGUGUGGAAAUUUGUAGUCCGGAGUAAGAGAUGCUAAUCCUGUAAAUACCUCAUUUUUAUUUAUUUAACAGAUUUAUGCACCACUUCAUAGCAUUAAGCCAUCAAAGUCUUGUACAGGAUAAAAACAGGAUAAAACAUAGUAACAUUAUUUCAGCAAACUCUAAAAACAAUAAAACCAUCUUUACAAAUUCCAAAAACAACAAAAGGAUUUCUACAGAUAUAAAAAUGUUCUAUAAGUGACUGGGUAACUUAUAUUAAGAAAGCCUUCUUAAAUAUAGAUGUCUUCAGUAACACCUAAAUCUUAUGACAAAACUAAGGCGCUUGAGAUGCAAAUACUGGAAAAGGAAAGGAAAUAGAAUUUGCUCAGGGCAAAAGAAAAUGGGUUGAUCCUGCUGCUUGCUUCUUCUUUUUAAAGAGCAUGUUUGGGAACGAAACCUACUGCUUUAAGCCAGGUAUUUGGACCCAUUCUAAAAAUAAACAGAGGCCCCCCACCACCACCCACUGUAUUGAAAGUGCAGUGUUUUUUCACACUGCACUGGAAGCUCAGAGCCCAUCUAUCACUGGAUAUAAUUUUCUUCACUUACGAGGGUGACUGCUGAUAAUUAACCAUGUAGAAGAUACCCUGCAGAUGCCCACUGCAUCUGCACAUGAUGCCUUUUGCAACUAAUGGCAACUCCAGGUGGGUGUGGGUGUGCAUUGGAUGGGGCUGCAGCACAAUGGGUAGACUCCCUCCCCUACACAAUGGCCCCAGCCCAAAUGGAUGGAAAAGCCCCACAGCUGCCUUCAGCAAAAGAAAACUAAACCCAAUCACAGCUCUCCUUUGUAAGAGCUAGUUUGGUUCUCAGAGCUGUGGCCUCUGAUAUGGCUAAGGGGUCGUUCUUUUUUUUUUUUUUUACCCAUCACCCUAUCACCAACCUUCAGGCAUGUGAAAAGUGCCCCGGCAUGCUAGGCCUUCUUGGUCGUGUUUGGGAGCGAACAGAGCCAUUUCAUGCCACCAAAACUAGAGCAGGAGGCACUCAGGAAGGUACAUGCCCAGAGGCAUCCAGUGGGGCAAGAAUUUGGGACAAUAUCUGCCCACUACCACCACCAUGCUGCAACAAAGAUUUGAGGAGCGCAUGAGACAGCAUCUGGAGAUGUCUCUGAGCUGCACUUACUUGCCACAUUUCUGAGCUGUGAAACUCCAGAGCAUUAUUGGUUCUGGGAAAACGUUAACCCCUUGCUGCAGCAGAGGUCUUGUUUGAAUGGGCUGUAGUAGGCUCCAUCCUGAGAGUGCUUCUGCCCCACUUGUCUCUUGGGGUCCCACACUGGACAAUAGCUUGUGAUGGAGUGAUACAAGAGAUAUCAAGCCGGGCUCUCCUGAUGCUGAAAACCUGCUGAGGCUUGGCUGAACUUGCUCCAUACCUUUUCCCUACUCCAUCUUCUCAUGUAUUCCAUGUCCCACACAGCUCACCCCCGGAGCUUUGGCCUGAUUGCUGGAGCUGCAGCUGCAGGGGUCUUGGUGCUCAUCAUCUGCAUCACCGUGGUGGCUGUGACACUCUUUUACUGGAAGAACAAACACAAGGAGGAAGAGGAGGAGGAAAUUCCUAAUGAGAUAAGGUUUGGCCUUUGACAAGAUAUUGCUCUGUCCCUUCCUUUCCCCCGUCAUCUUCAUUUAUUACAAAAAAUUAAAUACCACUUAUUUAAAAUAUAUAUUGUAGUGGUUUACAAAAAAAGUACAUAUAGCUACACAAUAAAAAAACAUACAAAAAGAGUUAAAAUAAUAAAUCAGCUAACUAUUAUGGAAAUAUAUAUUUUGAAUUGCCUGCAUAAGACUGAUAGAAUGGAAAAGUUUUUAGCAGGCGUUUAAAAGUUGGCACAGAAGGUGCCUGCAGAAUCUCUGUUGGCAGAGUUUUCCACAACACUGGGCUGAUGACACAAAAGGCUCAGUUUCCUGUUGUCAAAUGAGCUUGCCAACUCAGGGAAUGACCAAUGGCUCUCCAGCAGAUGGUUUCAGUGAUCAAGCUGGGAUAUAAGGGUUGAGGUGCCUGAGGUACCCUGGACCUAAGUUGUUGAGGGCUUUGUAAAUGAAUAGGGAUCAAAGCAGUAAUACCAGAGUUUUUGCCAUAGUUUCUUUCCAGCUGAGCUGCAAGGAAGGUUCCUCCUACCUCUGUCAGAAUAAUAUUUUAGCAUACACUAAUUUCUUUCAUGAUUCUCUCAUUACUAGUAGUGGCUUGACCACCCAGAGUCCUGGCACAGGCAUAAAAGCCAGCUCCAUCCAUAAUUUCUUCCUUAGGUGUUGGCAAGUGUUGACAUGUGAACAAAUACACAAUUCCUGGUAAUUGAUCAGUAGUGGGAGUCAAAGGCAAGUGCUUAUGGGGUUCCCCACUUACACCCCAUUGAUAAGGGGAAAUGGAACCAAAAAGACUCCCAGAAGUGCAGGGCCAGCAUUUCUCAAUUCUAUUGUCGCUUGUCAUUCGUCAUUGUACUCUGUUAGACCUCAAGCCCAACAGCCUGAUGCUGAGAUAGAGGCACAGAAAAUUGGAUUGUAAGACUUAAGGUGGAGAUGUCAAAGUUGGGCACAUCAUUGGGCCAACAUGGCAUCAUGGUGUGAGUUAUUUGCUUUUCUCCUUGUGCUGUGCCAGUGCAAGGUAUUUUUGUUCCUGCCAGGGAUGGGUGUGUUUAGAAUGGAGGACAACUACAAUGCUAACAAUGGCCUCUUGUUUUCCUAGGGAGGAUGAUCUGCCACCCAAAUGCUCUUCAUCCACAAAAGCAUUCCAUGGCGAUGCUUCAUCCUCGGAGAACGACACUCUCACAUCAUCCAACACCUACAACAGCCGGUACUGGAACGACCCCAAAGCAAACCAUGCCACAGACUCCUUUGCUCGCCUCAACAACGAUGCGCGCCAGCCCUUCACCCGCUCUGGAAGCACCAGCGCCCGCCCUGUCUAUGCCAAUGGAGGCCACCCAGCCCCCCCUCCACCCAAGACAUUGGUGGUGACAACCAAUACAGCCCCCUCCCCACAGGAGAUGGCCAGAAGCAAUGGCUCAGUGAGCCGCAAGCCAAGACCGCAGCACACACGCUCCUACGCCGUGAGCCAGGCAACGCUGGAAAGGAUAGGUGCAGUGCCGGUCAUGGUGCCGGCGCAGAGCCGAGCCGGUUCUUUGGUGUAGGAAGUGGGCAUGGUUCUGAGGAAAACAAGAACCUGUUGCACCGAUUGGGGGUGAAGACCUGGCCAAAACAAGAGACCCUCCUCUUCCUCCCUGAAAUGCGUUGAAGGGGAACAUCAAGCCUCUCCUCUGUGUCUUUCCCCCACCCCAGUCACUCCCACUGGUGUGUGAUGGUCCCCUCCCCUUGCUUCCCACAACCCUUUUUAUGAUCUCAGGGGUCUCCUCAGCUGUGGCUGGAUGUGCCAAGGCCAAAGGGAGGGGCACACAAGGCGUCACAGGGGGACGAUGCCACACUUGGUUUACUAAGAUCUACCUAAUGAGGCCCCCUCAAGGAUGGCGAGUGAGGUGGGGUUCAGAGGGCCCCUAUAAUGGGCCAUUAGCAGGGAGGACUACUCAACAGCCUUAUGGAUGGCACAUUGGCUGCUUGGCUCAAAACAGACGACGAAGCUGGGAGGGGGGGAGUGGAAAGAUGCUGGUCAAGCCAAGCUGGUCUCAGAGGGACAGAGAGAGAGAGAAUUACGAGACAAGGGAGGAGGGGCAGAUUGGGAAUUGGUUUGAGGGUUAUAUUUUAUUCUUUAGUUUGUUCUUGCCACCCCCUCCUGCUUUCUCCUUUUCCCAGACUGGAUGUUCUCUUCCCCAUCCACCCGGCCCCAACCUUGCACUAGUUUUUUGGAUGCUUCCAGCAACCCCUUGUCACCUCCAUGGAAACUGUUGUGAGUCAGUCCGGCAUUGUUCCCCAACAAGCUGCUUGGCGCCAGAAUGUGCUGCUGCUGCUGCUGCUGUUUCGCUGUUGUUGAGAGGAGGGAUUCAUGGGGGGGAGGCAGUAAUGGUGCUGGUUGGAAUGCUGAAGCCUCCGUUGCAUAUCGAGGGCUGUGCUGUGUUUUCUGGGCGUGUGGCUGGCAUUUUGCAAAGAGCUGGGCUUCAGCGCCUUUGGCGUUUGCAUGGCAGGGUCCGUCUCCUCCCCACCCACCCCAUAAGGGCUGUUUGGGUCUGGCUUGCAUGGCCAGUUGAACAUUCACACAUUUGAGGCUUCACAUUUAACCUUCCUUUUCUUGGAUCUUUGGGGCUUAUUAUAGUAAAGGGAGCAGGGAAAAAGAGAGAGACAGACAGACAGACAGACAGAGUGUGGGAAAGCAGGGAGCAGCAGAAAGGAAGGCUCGUGGCAGCACUGUCCCCCCUUUCCCUCCUUGUGGCAUGACUGACUCUUACGUGGCACCUCACCGUGGCAGGCUGGCAUGAGGCCCUGUUGCUUCCUUGCCCCUGCCUGUCCACCCAACUUGACAGGUUUCACUCUUGCAAUUUUCAGUAGCCUUAAUUCAAACUGAGGAUUUAGAAAAGAAAAAAUAAUAAUAAGCAAACAAGGGUCUUUUCAUGCCGUGGAGGAGACUUAGAGCUGGGGGGCCAUUUCCUAAUACCUCGAGGAGGCAGAGCCAAGGGACAUGUCACUUGAGUCCCGCUGUCCACACCUGCCUCAUUUGUAUUGCUGACACACUGAUCUCCUUAACGGGAAAAUGCUCCCCUUGGAAGCUCUUCUUACCAGGCUUUCCUUCUCUGCACUGACAAACGAGAGAGAGAAGGAGAGAGAGACAUCUUUCUGAUCUCACCCCAGCACUAUGAAAGGGGGUGGCUUGUUUCACAGGCUCCCUCCCACCUUCCAACAUGCACUGGAAAUGGGGUUUGCUAGAGGUCGGUCUCUUGCUACUCUUCUGCUUACACUCGGCUCACCCAGACUUCAUACUUUCCUUCCAAAUGGGCACAGAGGCAUCCUCUAGGAGAGCUCCCUGCCCAGGCCAUAUUUCCUUCUCUACCCACACACUAUCCUUGCAGAGAGAGUCCUUCAGGUUGCACUGGGUUUGAAGCUUAGCUGAGAUUCUGUGCCUUCUUUGCUUUAAAAAAGAAAAAAACAAACAAACCAUGCUCUCCUCCUCCUCCUCUCCUCUAAGCCCCUCUCCCCCAUAACACAUACGCAACUUGCUUCAUUGACUUCCGAGCACACCAGGCAGACAGAUGGGCUGCUGAAUUUAUACACAUUUCCCAGGGAGCAGUCUCUCUCCUCAUGUGCUCACUGCCGGUUUCUCCUUUCCAGACUUGGAGGUUGGGGGUUUUGGGGGGAGGGGAGGGGUGGAAGAGUGGCUUUAAAAAAAAAACAGCAAUGCAAAAAUAGAGGGCGGGGGUAAAAUAACGCAGAGACACACAUUCUCUCUGCUUUUAUAACAACAAAAAAUGUAGGACGUUUUCAAGGAAUGCUGCCCAUGGCAGCUCACACUCCAGUGCUCGGAAAGCCCUUCCUGGUUCUACCUUUCAUGAGACUGUUCGCUCUCCUCUUUCUUUGUUCUUUCUAAUUGUCUAAAAAAAGGGGGGGAUCAAUAAAACUUUUAUUCGUAUAAAAGGGGAAACGGUUGUCUGUGCAUUUUGUUAUUAUUUCCCAUGCUUCAGCACUAGGGAUGGAAGAUAAUUUUGUUGUGUCUAGGCUAAUAUACAGAUUGGAAAUGUGGU